AUGACUGCAGAAGCGCAGCAGGCUCUGUCCUCUCAGCCCCCUCCUCCUCCGGUGCAGAGCAGCUACGGCCCCAUGUCCUCCGUGGCCGAGAAGCAGCCGCAGAGCUCGGCCAUGGACGCCGCCUCCGCGGCGCCCGGCGGGGCCACCGGCAGCGCCCCGGGCAGCGGCGGCGCCCCGGGCAGCGGCGGUCCCAAGGCGAAGAAGACCAACGCGGGGAUCCGGCGGCCGGAGAAACCGCCUUAUUCCUACAUCGCCCUCAUCGUCAUGGCCAUCCAGAGCUCGCCCUCCAAACGCCUGACCCUCAGCGAGAUCUACCAGUUCUUGCAGAGCCGCUUUCCCUUCUUCCGAGGCUCCUACCAGGGCUGGAAAAACUCGGUGCGCCACAACCUCUCGCUCAACGAGUGCUUCAUCAAGCUGCCCAAGGGGCUGGGCCGCCCGGGCAAGGGCCACUACUGGACCAUCGACCCGGCCAGCGAGUUCAUGUUCGAGGAGGGCUCGUUCCGCCGCCGCCCCCGCGGCUUCAGGAGGAAAUGCCAGGCGCUGAAGCCCAUGUACAGCAUGAUGAACGGGCUCAGCUUCAACCACCUCCCCGAGAGCUACGGCUUCCAGGGCUCGGCCGGCGGGCUCUCCUGCCCCCCCAACAGCCUCUCCCUCGAAGGGGGCUUGGGGAUGAUGAACGGGCAUUUGUCCGGCAACGUGGAGGGGAUGGGCCUGGCGGGACACUCCGUGCCCCACCUGCCCGCCAACGGUGGGCAUUCCUACAUGGGCGGCUGUACCGGCUCCUCGGCGGGGGACUACCCGCACCACGAGAGCUCCGUGCCCGCCUCCCCGCUGCUCGCCGGCGGCGGCGUGAUGGAGCCCCACUCGGUUUACUCCGGCUCGGCCUCGGCGUGGGCGCCCUCCGCCUCGGCGGCCUUGAACACCGGCGCGUCCUACAUCAAGCAGCAGCCCCUCUCGCCCUGCAACCCCACGGCCAACCCGCUCUCCUCCAGCCUUUCCACGCACUCCCUCGACCAGUCCUACCUGCACCAGAACAGCCACAACACCGCCGAGCUGCAAGGCAUCCCGCGGUAUCACUCCCAGUCUCCGAGCAUGUGCGACAGAAAGGAAUUCGUCUUCUCUUUCAACGCCAUGGCCUCCUCCUCCAUGCAUUCAGCGGGCAGCGGCUCCUAUUACCACCAACAAGUGACAUACCAGGACAUCAAGCCGUGCGUUAUGUGA